CCAGCGAGCUAGUACUGCGCCGGCCGGCACGCCUGACGGACGUGUGUGCCACGCUCGCGCCAAACUUCUCCGUGACGCUACGAGUACUAAAACUUGUUUUGUUGAUAAUAACACUGAAAGUUCUACAUUGUUCGCAUUGUUUUUAACAACUUAUUGCGUUGUUCUAAGAAUAAAGUGAUCUUUUAUUCAUUCAACUUUGUGUGUUACCUGAUUUUUUUGUGAAACUGCAACGUGUUUGGUUCAAUGGACUACAGAAGAGAAAAUUCGCAAAAAUGAUUACGGAAAAUUAACUUACAGACUUGUAAAGUACUUUUUGUGUAGUGUAAAAGUGUUCUGAGAUGUUCUCUCUUCGGACUAUGGAUACGUUGGCGGUUGUGGUCCGGUGGUGCCUGUUCCUGCUAGUCGGACUAGGAUGGCAGGUUCAGUCCCAAACAGUGCAACAAACAUCUAUAGUGGACAAUUCAUACAAUUUUUACUUUGAACAACCGUGCUGUACAGGGACAGUUCCAAAGAGCAAAUAUCAUACACGGCACAGGCGAGAUCAUGUACGCGAGUUUUCGUGUGGAACUCUCUACUACAGAACUUUCUUCGUGGAUUCCAAACGGGAUGCUUUAUACGUCGGCGCUAUGGACCGGCUGUAUCGGCUCAACAUGAACAAUAUUAGCGCAUCGCAUUGUGAAAGGGAUUCGAUAAAUUUGGAGCCGAGCAACGUAGCCCAAUGCGUGUCGAAAGGCAAGUCGGAGCACUUCGACUGCCGCAACCACGUGCGCGUGAUCCAGCCGAUGGGCGACGGGUCCCGCUUGUAUGUGUGCGGUACCAACGCACACAGCCCCAAGGACUGGGUGUUAUACUCGAACCUAACGCACCUGCCCCGGCACGAGUACGUGCCCGGCAUCGGAAUGGGCGUCGCGAAGUGUCCGUACGACCCGGCAGACAACUCCACGGCGCUAUGGGUCGAGCGAGGCAACCCUGGCAGUCUUCCGGCACUGUAUUCCGGCACCAACGCAGAAUUCACCAAGGCUGACACCGUCAUCUUCAGGACUGACCUCCACAACCUCACCACAGGGCGACGCGAGUUCUCCUUCAAACGCACGCUGAAAUACGACUCCAAAUGGCUCGACAAACCAAACUUCGUGGGCUCCUUCGAUGUGGGAGAGUACGUUCUCUUCUUCUUCCGCGAGACGGCGGUGGAGUACAUCAACUGCGGGAAGGCGGUUUACUCCCGAGUAGCCCGUGUCUGCAAGCGGGACACCGGCGGGAAGAACAUCCUCAGCCAGAACUGGGCCACGUACCUGAAGGCGCGCCUCAACUGCAGCAUCCCUGGGGAGUUCCCCUUCUAUUUCAAUGAGAUCCAAAGCAUCUACAAAGUGCCUGGCGACGACAGCCGGUUCUACGGCGUGUUCACCACAGCGUCCACCGGGCUGAUGGGCUCUGCCAUCUGCACCUUCACCAUCGGCGACAUCCAGAAAGCCUUCGAGGGCAAGUUCAAGGAGCAGGCCACGUCCAGCUCCGCCUGGCUGCCGGUCAUCAGCAGUAAAGUGCCGGAGCCGAGACCUGGGACAUGUGUUAAUGAUACGUCUUCGUUACCGGACACCGUUCUCAAUUUUAUAAGGUCCCACCCCCUAAUGGACAGCGCGGUGUCCCACGAGAACGAGAAGCCGAUAUACUACAAACGGGACCUGUUCUUCACGAGGCUGGUGGUGGACCGCGUGAAGGUGGACAUGCUGGGCCACCAGCUCGACUAUACCGUCUACUAUGCUGGCACGAACGAGGGCAAGAUACACAAGAUCGUGCAGUGGACGCGCAACGGGGACAGCCAGUCGGCGCUGCUGGACAUCUUUGACGUCACUCCGGGAGAACCUAUACAGGCUAUGGCGCUAUCCCGCACCCACGGCUCUCUGUACGCGGCGUCAGACCGACGCGUGCUCCAACUCCGGCUAGCGCUAUGCGCGCGCCGCUACGACGCUUGCGUGAGAUGCGCCCGCGACCCCUACUGCGGGUGGGACAGAGACGCUGGAGUCUGCAGGGAAUACUUGCCUGGGCUCAUCCAAGACGUAGCGAACGAAACAGCGGACAUCUGCGACUCCUCGAUCGCUCGUAAGACUGUGUCAGCGACGUGGGGGCAGAGUCUCCACCUGGGAAGCUUCGUGAAGAUGCCCGAGGUCCUGCACCCGAGGGCCGUCACCUGGUUCCACUACUCGAGGGAGAAGGGACGCCACCCCAUCACUUUUAACAAACCGGAGAAAUACAUCGAGACGUCGGAGCACGGGCUGCUCAUCAUAUCGGUGAACGAGGGCGACGCGGGCCGGUACGACUGCUGGCUCGGCGGCUCAUUGUUGUGCUCAUACAACAUCACCGUUGAUACGCACAGAUGUUCGCCACCAGAAAAGAGUAACGAAUAUCAGAAAAUAUACUCGAACUGGUGUCACGAAUUUGAAAAAUACAAAACUGCCAUGAAGACGUGGGAGAGGAAGCAAGAGCAGUGUGCCCGGCAAAACGAUUCGAAUCAGAACACGCAUCCAAACGAAAUUGUGUGAUAGCUUCUGAACAUCGCCUAUCUCAUGUUUCAGUCAGUAAACUAUUACGCCGGGGCCAUCCCGGUGCCGUACGUAUCGGCCGGCCUCAAGUACUUCAACGUGUUCUCGUGAGACGACAGUUGACAACAAUCGCUCAGUGAUCUCUCAGACUCCAUAGUCGUGUCAAGCUCAACUAGUAGUCAGUGACACCCCUUAGCUUUACAAAUAGACUUACAAGUGUAGUGAUACGCAACAGUGCAUCGUUCCCGACACACUGGGAUCAUGAGAAGGUGAUUUAAAAUGAAAAUUUUAAUGGACAUUUUAUGAAAUUUUAAUGGAACGAUAGAAAUAUCGGCGUUGUGCGUUACUUUGUUGGAUUAUGGAAUGUAUAAAAGAUUAGAAAUUCUCAAAUUGUAAGUACGCUUUGUUGGUUGGGUUAGUAAGGGAUUAGGAAAAUUGUUAGCAUUAUUGAAUGGAUGAUAAUUUUGAUAAUGAAUGUUGGAAAGUUUUGAGCCCAAUCACGUAUUGUUUAUUUAAAGUGUUUUAUCUGUGGGUCCUUAUUGCAUUUUUAAUUUGUAUGUAGUAAAUUAAUUUUGUGGUAGGUUUUUGCUAUGUUAGUUAUUUGGUCCUGUAAUUUUAAGCGAGGAUCAAGUCACCUCGUAUCGAGUACUCGCACUAAUGAUCGAGUAUAGAGAUACGUCGGCCGCUGCCUUACUGCGGUCGUAAUUUCAAAUCUCCGAGGGUUGUGGGAGGGUUCGCCUCAUUAUUUUUCCCCUAUUUGUGUAAAUAGUUACCUAAUUUCGUUCGACUGUACCUACUAAUGUAAGUGUACGUAUAGUAUGCACGUCCCUAAUGGUAACGUAUAAUUUAAGCCUGUGAUAUAUAAGAAACAUAGAUAUUAAUAAGGGGAAUGUAUUGAGACUAAAUUUUUACCGUUGAAGUGAAGCCUCUUUUCAAACUUGCACCGUACUCAAUCUUAUAGUGUGAAUCUGUAACAUUUAACUUAACGAUUAAUUUUUAUACUAUUAUUAACCACACUUUUAAUUAAAUAGUUGUCACAUUCCACAGUACCUAUUAUAUUAUUGUAUAAACAGUAAUUGAAGCCAUAGUUGAAGAAACAGCUGGGUUACAACUCUUAUUUUGUGUUUUAAGAAAUUGCAAAUUUGAUAUUUGAGUAUGUAAAUUUCAGUUUUAAGUUUAGUCACAUUGCUUAGCGGCAUACGCCCAGCUUGUGACAUCCACAUAAGACACGGGGCCGACGCACUAUCAGGCCUCUUAACUUAUAAUAUCGAACACCACAUAGCAGUUUGUAUAAACCUUUACAAUCUAAACUCUCUUAAAAACUUUUGAAUUUGGUUUCAAUGCAAUGCAUACAUAUGUAUAAGUAUUUUGUAGAAUGACCCAAGCUGAAGAAUGUAUGUAAACCAGAGGCGAAAUAUUAGUCUAGGCGGUGUUUUAGAUAUUAUCUCUGCAUAUUUUUGUACAAAGAAAUCCAAUAUUGACAUUUUAUUAGAUGAUUAGAAUUAAUUCAACUGUUCUCACGUAUCACCAACUUGUACCUUCUUAUUCGGAAUUUUAUUCGAUUUCAUAUCAUGAUGUUGUACCUAAGAGCUUGUACAUAUUGUAUUAACAUCAACAUGUCAUUAUAUUUAUACAUAGCGGUCGAAUAAUAAAUUUCAAAACGAAUUUUAUAAAAGGACAUAUUUUUUCUAGAAAUUUAUUGACGAAAUGCCAUGAAAUGUUCCGCUGCCAUAAGAUACAAGUUUGUUAGUUUGAUGUAUCAUGGAAUAGUAUUAUUCGUUGUGUACUCAAAGCCAUACGUCAACCGUGCCAUUUCUAGGACAUCCAUACAUGCACUUUAUAGUAAGUAUACAGGAAUAUUACAUUGAGAUUUUAACAGUUAGAAUACACAGUAAAUAAUAAUAGAUUUUUAACAAUACUCUUGGAUUGGCUAACAAUGACGCGGUUGGGACUAACGUAGACUAUCUUAGAUCAUUAAACACCAUUACUAGAUAAUUCUGUUGGAAAAGUCGUAAAAACCGGAUCGUAAUUUGAAACUUUGGACGUUAUUCGCAGGCUCGCAUCCGUAGUAGUAAAUUGUUAGUCUAAUAGGUGCUUCAAUGUAAACUUUCCUUUUGCAAAUACGUAUAUUUUGAGACUUCUUCAUAUCAUAAUGUACAUACAUAAUUCGAAAUAGAUAUAAAAAAAU